GUUAGUGGCUCAGGAACACGAAGAUUCACUGCUAUCUAAGACAUACGACGCGUGCGUCAUUGUUCUCUCUCUCGCUUUCCCCUGAUACCCUAUUUCACAUGUGCACAUUCAGCCAUGAACACGCCCACACAUGCCGCUAGGAAUGAUGUUCACCAACCGUUCGGCCUACCCAUAUUCACCCACCUUCUCUCUAUUAAUUUUCGCUGCCUCACUACUGUCAGGCAGCAUAGCACCCGUCUCACAUUCAUCGAGUCUCUGUCACUGCGGAAUAGCUGGAACGGGCAGCGGGUCAGGCCCACAUGCGCGGCCGUGUGGGUAGCAUGCUUGCGUUCGCCCGCUCGAGUCACAUGCACGAUGUCUGUAAUCUGGACUUGCUAGUGUUAUUUUUUGCCAAGAUGCCCG